GGCGCAAUGAGGCCUUCCCUUUCUCUUGUGAUCUUGUUGGUCUUGUCAAAACUACAUUUGUGUAGGUUCAUGUGUGCUGCUGUGUUUUAAACUUGGUGUGCACCGUCAGGAACGGAUUAACAUAAACAGAACCAGAUGACAGUAGGAUGCGCUCGGAACUAUUAUUUUUUACUAUAGCACUGUAUCUAUUACCAGCUGAUUGUGCACGUAGACUUAAUAGGUAUGUACGGCAUUAUGAACCCCUGGUCUACAAUCACGAGGAAGUUCAUGAACACCACACUCGCCUUAAGAGGUCCGUGUAUGGUGAAGAAGGUUAUCUGCAAAUGAAGUUCUUCUCACAUAACAGGCGUUUUCACUUGAGGUUAAAAAGAGACACGUCAGUAUUCAGUAGUGAUCUCAUAAUUCAGGCUCACAACAACAGUUUCCUGGACGUGGAUUUAUCGCACAUUUAUUCUGGGCGCCUGAUUGGGGAGCCCUCUAGCCACGUGUUUGGGUCAUUGCAUGAUGGUGUCUUCGAGGGUCGCAUUGAGACCCCAACAGAACACUACUAUGCUGAGAGGGUGGAGAAAUACUUUUCAGAUAGCCGGCCCUACCGCUCGGUGAUGUAUGCAGCUAGUGAUGUGGAACUGCCGGAACAGAAGCCAGGCUGUGGCAUAACUGAUGAUGUCAAACAGUGGAUGGAUAGGGUGGCUAAUGCUGCCGUUCCAGGAUCAGAGGAGUCUAGAAAGCAAAAGCGAAGUGGUCGGUCUGAGCGCUCACCAGGUGGUAGUGACUUCCACACAAGUGAAGCACCACACACAAAGUACCUGCGUGGACCUCCCCAUCUCCAAGUGCCCUCCACAUUACCAGCAAACUUUUUGCCCAACCGCCGGGUGUGCAACCUUUUUGUACAGACAGACACGUUUCUUUGGAACCACAUUAUCGCCACAAGCAAGGAUGAGAUAAAGGCACGCGAGGAGAUCUCUUCACUCAUUGCACAACAUGUGGAGGCUGCCAGUAGAAUCUAUCGGAAUACUAACUUCAAUGGCAUCCGUGAUAUCAAGUUUGCCGUCCAACGCAUUCGGAUUAAUGAUUCUUCUGCAUGCAUAAUGGAUGGGUACAGGCGCACAAACCCAUUCUGUGCUGGGAACUUGGAUGCUUCAAAUUUCCUCAACCUCAACUCUCUCUCAAACCAUGAUGAUUUCUGCUUGGCGUACGUAUGGACAUUUCGGGACUUCCAGCAUGGUACAUUGGGACUAGCCUGGGUGGCAUCUGUUAAUGGAGCAUCUGGUGGUAUCUGCGAAAAGUACAAGACAUAUUCAGAGAACAUCAACGGAAAAUCGGAAAAUGUAAAGCGAAGUUUAAACACUGGCAUUAUUACAUUCCUCAACCACAAUGCCAAAAUCCCUCUGAAAGUGUCAGAGAUAACUUUUGCCCAUGAGAUUGGUCACAACUUUGGAUCUCCUCACGACUAUCCUCCGGAGUGCGUUCCGGGGGGAGCGUCUGGGAACUUCAUCAUGUAUGCUAGCGCCACUCAAGGUCAUCAACUUAACAAUCAGAAGUUCUCUCCCUGCAGCGUUAGGAACAUUUCGCACGUUCUACAUGCGAUUUUCCGAGGAGAACAGAAAGAUAAUUGCUUUCAGGAUUACGAAGGACCAUUCUGUGGGAACAAAAUUGUGGAGGGCAAUGAAGAAUGUGAUUGUGGCUACGAGGAGCAAGAGUGCAUGGAGAGCUGCUGCUAUGCUCGUGAAAAUAGCGAAAGGAAGAAGGGCUGCACACGUAAAAACGGUGCCACAUGCAGUCCAAGCCAAGGUCCAUGCUGCACUGACAAGUGUGCUUAUGAGACAAGGGAUAAACUAUGCAAGCUGGAGACAGAUUGUACAGAACUGUCAUACUGCAAUGGUAUUCAGGCCAACUGCCCAGCUCCGGUGCACAAAAAGAACAAGACUGAGUGCAACAACGGUACACAAGUGUGCUGGAGUGGGGAGUGCAGUGGUUCCAUCUGUGAGAAGUAUGGAAUGGAUGAAUGCUUUCUGACAGAAGAUACAAAUCCCUCUCCAGAUAAAAUGUGCGAAGUAGCAUGCCAAGAAAAAGACAAGCCUGACACAUGCAAGAGUACUUAUGACAUUGAACGAAUGAAAGAGAUCAGGGGAAUCAAGCUGCGACCUGGCUCUCCGUGUAACAAUUUUCAAGGUUACUGCGACGUAUUCCAGAAGUGCAGACAUGUGGAUGCAGAAGGGCCACUGGCUCGCCUCAAGAGACUCCUCUUUGAUAAAAAGUCCUUGCUGACUGUAAAACAGUGGGUUACAUUGAAUUGGUGGGCAGUGCUGCUAAUGCUGAUAGCACUCAUAGUAGUUAUGGCAGUUUUUAUUCGCUGCUGCGCUGUACACACACCCAGCAGCAAUCCUCGAAGAGCACCUGCACUGCGCAUCCAAGACACGCUUAGAAGGCCUGGAGAUACUUUCCGACGGAAGCGUCGUGUACCACCAGACCCCCAUGCAGCACCUGGAGGCCCUCCUCCUCCCUACCCUGGUCCCCGUCCAUCAGCCCCACCUGCUGGCCCUUCUCACGGGUACGGUGAAGGACGGGGCCACUACAGCCGCGCUGUUACAGGCCAUGCCCAACCUCACUGUUCCGGGAGGAGCAAACGAACUGUUCCUGCAGAGGCUGUUGAACUACGUAGCAGCAACAAACAGAGGGUGUGACACUGUUUGCAGUGCAACACAAGUGGGCCUUAGAAGGCCACAGCCAAAGUCGUACUACAUCCUGCCUUCAUGAUUGCCCCUGGUCUACUUCUAAUGUGGCUCUCUCUGUAGAGAUUGUGCCUAGGUGCAUGUGUUUCAGGAGCCCUACUGAUGCUCAAAAGUGCCAACAUGAGGUGAUUCCUUGCCACUACUUCUCUGUAGCUCAAGGUUAGUUAAAAAGCUCAAUCUCAUUAGCACGCGUAGCAUGUUAGUAUUUUUCUUUUUAAGCAGAAAGGGUUUACACGCUGCAGACAGUAUACAACUGCAUUUAACUGAGGCCUGGUACAAGGUCUAGGAUAUAUAGCUAAUUUGUCAAAUUUUGUGGAAAUUACCUAGGCAUUAGCAAUAAUCUAGGCACUCUCUUUAACAUAGAGGGUUACAUUGGGGUGUCCCAUGUAGCAAGCAAUAGCUCUGCUGCUGCAACAUGGUUGAGCAUGGAACUGCAGGAUUAUCAAGUUCUGCUUCAAGGUCAGUGGUGAAGCCGAGGGAAGGGCAUGGUUGUGUACAGCGUUUGGACAUCUAAGUGGUAGUUGUGGCAGUCCAUACAUGUUUAGUGCGAGAACCUUCACGUUCGAGCUCGUAUCACAAAAAUUACAAAUAAGCUGAAUUGGUUUGAGUAUGGGUUGUGUAGAUAUGUUUGAUAAGCUUUAUCAUUGACAUUGGUCUAAUACAUGCUUCACGUUGGUUUCCACAACAUAACAAGUAUGUGUGUUGAAUUUUGGGAAAUCAAAAGUCUUGCAUAAGUUGCGUGAAGAUUCUGUUCUCACAGCUAAACUGUAGCCUUGCCACAUGGAGUGAUUCUGUUAAGUAGAAUGUCAGUGAAGAACCUCGAAGUCUUCUAGUCCUCUGCAAUGAGUGUCUCUUGUGCAAUCAUAGCUUCUCUGCACUGUGCAAUAUGCAGGGUCUAAAACAAACUUUGGAGGAGGUAUUGUAUUAUACAGAAAUUUAAAGUAAAUUUGGGAAGGAUAAAACGUUGGUUGUAAUUACAUCUACUUGCUAUUAUCGAUGACCACCAAGAAAGUCGAACAGGACAGCGACCCCAGUGGACUUGCUACUUAGUGCUACAUAGCCAGUUUGGCUGAAUAUACUGACCAACUCAGGGUCACCUGCAAGUAGAUGUUUAGUUAUGUCAUCUUAGGGGCAUUUUAUGGCAUGUAACAUGCAAGAUAAGUUUGCUGUUGAACUGAACAACAACUGUAGUUUGUUGCUGUAGGGCUUGAGUUCACAAAAUGCUGUGCCACAUCACAACAACAUAGAAGGAGGACCUUUUUUAUAUUAAGGAAUUUUGCUGAAAAUAAUUUAUUAGCUAAUUUUCGAACUGGUUGAAUAGUCUUGGCAAAAUGUUGCAGAUGUCUUGUGAAACACUCCACAGUGUCUAAGUUUCCAGUUUUUUUUAACCUGCCACUUUAUGGCCUCAAGUCCUUCAGUGAACUGCUACCUUCCAAUCUCGUUUCGCAUGGUCGCAGAGGUCACUCUGAUAAACGAACAAAAACAUUGUUCUUAUGUCUCUCUAGGUAGAAUACAUUCACAAGUGAGCAUUACAGUUUUUGUGGAAAAGCUUAUAUAUUCCAUUAUAUUUAUUUGUUCCUUUUGCUGGCCUGCUCAUUUGUUAUCCCUAAACUAUGUUACGUUUACCAUUGUGCAUUUGCUGCCACUUCUUUCAUACACAAAUUUGGACAGCUAGCACUGUUUUACUUAAUCUGCACACUGUGUUAUCUGUAUGCAUUUUGUUGAGCAUGUUUGGAUAUGCGGGGUAUUGGAUGCUAAAUUAGUAAGCUGAAGAACCGUACACCAUUAGAUGACUGUUAUGUUUUGCACAGUUGAUGUAAAAUCCUGGCACAAACACAGGAAGUUCCAUAGCAGUGAUUCCAGAUAAAUUUGGCAGGCUAUACAUAGUAUUCCAAUACCAUAGCUCUUCAAAUCAUUUCUGACCAUGCGCUGAUAGCGUCUUGGCAACGGCUAAGGUUUCCUGGGAGUUGUCGAGCUAGUCAAGUGUGGUCCGUGUCUGGUCCCCUCCCUCGCUUGCUCGAAAGAUGUUCCUCUGCGAGGACAUAUUGAAGUGUGAUAUGGACCAUAUUUACAUUUAUGAAUGAUCACACAUGAAAACCACAAGUGUCCUUUUAGACAUUCUCACCUUGGUUUCUUUGCACAUGUGAGUCUCUUGUGUCUGCAGUUGUGAAUGUGAAUCUUGGCAUGCAAAGCCUCUCUUAUUCUUGAGUCAGCAUGGAGCAGUGAGGGAAAAAGAUCAUUCAUUGUUUUCUCAGAUGUAUUGCUUUUAUUAAACUGUAGGUAUGCAGAAAUCCAUGCUUGUACAAAAUGGUUGUUAACAGACAUGUUAAAUCUGCUAGAGGAAUUUUCACUAUGGCAUUUUCCUGGUAAGGUUGAUAUACUGUCUUUUUGCUCGUAAGAGCUGCGUAGGACAUAAAGCACAGCUGUCUUUAUACACGCAGGACCUUUUUCCCUCACCGUCAUCUUUGCAGAUUUAACAUUGCAGGUCUGAAUAAGAAUUCACUUCUGGUGUCUGUACAUUAUUUUAUCAUUAUUAUGUGCAAAUGCAAAUUUUCUAUGCGACAUGUGCUGUAAUAUUAGUGAGCUUGUCAUGUCUUUCCUUUCCCUUAAUGGUGUACAGGAAAAGAUGAAUGUACCUCAUGUAGGAACUCUUGUAAAUAUGUAUGUUUGUAUAAUGGCAAGCAUUCAUCAAGGUGUGUAUGAGGGUGUGUAAAUUUGCCACUGUCAGCUAAGUUGCUGUGUUUGGUCUAGAGCCUGUUUUUACAAGUUUUAUUGUAAGCUUUUUUUUCUUAUUGUUAAGGCUCUUGAAGAACAAACCAAGCUUUUGAUGAUGUUCAUAGAGAGUUGUUUCUAAUAAAAUACUUCACCAUGC